AGCAUCAAGGACUGGACUACUGUAGUGUGCAUCUGAGUGCCUAGCCAGUAGUCCACUACCUUUGCCUAUACAGAAAGCCAUGGCCCAGCAAAUCUGAUCUGAAUCUGGAUGCCUCCCUUUACAGGCACCAUUGCACUCACCAAGCUCAUGGUCUUAUCCCCUUCCAAAUGCAAAUUAGUCAUAUGGUUGUGCCUAUAUAAGUAUAUAUUCAUGGGCUAGCUAGUAGUACACCACUCUUCAUCAACAAACUCACAGAUCAAGAAUUUCUGAGCUAAUACAUACCUCAGAACCAAGAACACCCAAGCAUGGCCAUGAUACAUCCCAGGAGACUUGCUCAGUUGGUGAGGAAGUGGCAAAAGGUCAAGCACCCCUCCAGUGAUGACAAAGCAUGCUGCACAACAUCACCGAUUGCAGACAAAGGGCACUGCACCAUGUACACAGCCGAUGGAAGGCGGUUCGAGGUCCCCUUGACGUACCUCGACACGACGCUCUUCGGCGAGCUGCUAAGGAUGUCCCAGGAGGAGUUUGGGUUUGCAUGUGACGGCAGGAUCACACUGCCCUUCGAUGUGGCAGUGAUGGAAUAUGCCAUGUGCUUGCUCAGAAGAAAUGCAUCGGAGGAAGUAGAGAGCGCGUUCCUGAGCUCUGUAGUGACGCCUUGCCAAUAUACAAGCUGUACGGCGCCACCUGCAUCGCUGCACCAGCAGCUUGCAGUUUGUAGCUCCUGA